AUCUUUAAAAAAAGGAUUAAGUACACAUCAUUAUAUCAACUACUACUACUCUUCUUCUUCUUCUUCAGCAAUCAGCGAUAGCUACAACUUCACCACACCACCCACCAUUUUUUAGCUGUAAAAUUCAUUGUGAAUUGCAGUUAUGAUUUCUUUCAACAUGUUUUCAUUUCUUAUAUCCUUCAAACUUACUCUUCUCUCUUCUAUCAACCUUUCUGAACAUAUAAGGUAAACAUGGAGUGUCAAGCAACCUUCUUAUUCUUUUUCUGUUUUGUUAAUGAUCUCUCUGAAGCUGCGAAAAAUCGAUCUGAUCUUACCCGAGUAGAUCCGUCCGAUCUGUCCGCAACCCAAUGAAACCGUACAUGAAAUCGGUCGGAGAUGGGUGUAGUUUUUCCUUCGAUGGUUAUCGUCGGUUUUGAUUUUUCCGGCCCGAAUCCGACCAUACCCGCCCGAUGCCCACCCCUACUAAGUUCCAUAUCAAUUAUGAAUAAGAAAAAAUUUGAAUUUAUAACAGAAAUGAUUCAUUAAUCAAAUGUCUUAAGAUUUUUGAUAGUGAUAUGACAUCUCCUUUUGAUGUUAUGUUUCUCAAAGUCUUUCUAAAUUCCUCAUCAUUUAAGCUAUAUUUUCUAGACAUUGAAGUACGUGUUAAAAAAAAAGUGUAUUUCCCUGGUGUACUUCGGUAUUAAUUUCCCUUUUCUAAUUUCUUCAUUUCUUGACUCUCUCUUUUGUGAUAUAGUACUUCACACCCUCAGGAUGUGUUUGAUUCGCAAAAUAGUAAGUACGAGAUAAAACAGUAUAGAAAAGAAUAAGAUAGUACAAGACAAGACAAAACUAUACCGGGGAGAGAUUGAACGACAAUAUUUUUUAUAUUUAAAAAUAAAAUUGAUAUUUUCAUAUUUUUAUAGUUGUAUUGUGGAUAAAGAAUUGUCUUGUGAUUUAGUGCGGGACAAAAAUUCUUGAUUGCGGGAAAAAAAUUCUUGAUUUUUUCCUAUCCCUUACUACAUAUUUUGUCUCGUCCCACAACCAGUUUUAAAUCAAACAGUUUGCUGAAAAAAAGUUAUCCAAUUCGAUCCUCUAUUUUUUUAGCAAAUCAAACGCACUUUGAAAAUUGCCCUUAUAACCCUAAAGUUUUUUAUUUUGCACCUCUACAGAUUUUGGUUUUGCCCCCCUCACUCUCUCUCUCUCUCUCUCUCUCUCUCUCUCUCCUGAGUCUCGACACAACACAACGCUCAUCUUCAAGUCUCGCCGCGGUUUCGAAUUCCACCAGUAUCUUCGCUGGCGUCGCUCCACCGUCAACCUUCAUCGACCUCUACAUUUCCAUUAGUCAUCACUUCCUUCUUCUAUCUCUUACAUUAUUCCAUUUUCUAUCCUUUGAAAACCUAGCAAUUUACAUGAAAUGAGAAAGAAAAAUUGUUACUUUCAGUUUCUCUGAAGCAAUUUGAUAGCUUGAAGCCUUCUGGGGUAGUAAAAAUGUUUUCUGGAUCCGUUGCUGCAAGGAGAAACAUAUCAACUUGGCCUCAUUUCUCUCAGAGAUUAAAGCAAACAGAAAAUGAGAUUGUUCAAAUGUUUCACUUGCCUGAUUCACAAGAAGCAAACCAUAACCUUCCCUUGAAAGGAGGUAGAGUAUUGAGGAAGAAUCCUAAUGCUAGAAUAUUGGAUGAAAGAUUCAUUAGGAUUUUGAAAAUAUUUAAAUGGGGACCUGAUGCAGAAAAGGCAUUGGAAGUGCUGAAGCUUAAGCUUGAUAUUCGUUUGGUUCGUGAGGUUUUAAAGAUAGAUGUUGAGCCGAAUGUGAAGAUUCAGUUUUUUAAAUGGGCUGGGAAGAGAAGGAAUUUUGAACAUGAUUCGACAACUUAUAUGGCGUUGAUACGAUGCUUAGAUGAAAAUAGACUGGUUGGUGAACUGUGGAGGACAAUACAAGACAUGGUUAAGAGUCCAUGCGCAAUUGGUCCAUCUGAACUGUCUGAAAUUGUGAAAAUCUUGGGUAGGGUUAAGAUGGUUAACAAGGCAUUAUCUAUUUUUUAUCAGAUUAAGGGUCGCAAGUGUAGACCUACAUCAAACACGUACAACUCUGUCAUCUUGAUGCUGAUGCAAGAAGGGCAUCAUGAAAAAGUUCAUGAGCUGUAUAAUGAAAUGUGCAGUGAGGGUCACUGUUUCCCUGAUACAAUUACAUACAGUGCUCUUAUAUCAGUGUUUGCAAAGCUAAAUCGUGAUGAUUCGGCCUUUAGAUUAUUUGAUGAGAUGAAGGACAAUGGAUUACAGCCAACGGCAAAAAUUUAUACAACUUUAAUGGGAAUAUACUUUAAGUCGGGCAGGGUUGAGGAAGCGUUGAACCUAGUCCACGAGAUGAGAAUGGGACGGUGUGCCCCAACUGUCUAUACUUAUACAGAAUUGAUAAGGGGAUUGGGGAAAUCUGGGAGGGUUGAAGACGCCUACAUAAUAUACAAGAAUAUGCUGAAAGAUGGUUACAAACCGGAUGUUGUCUUGAUGAAUAAUUUGAUUAACAUUUUGGGUAGAUCAGGUCGCUUAAAAGAUGCUAUUGAGCUUUUUGAUGAAAUGAAAUUGCUUAAUUGCACACCUAAUGUUGUGACAUACAAUACCAUUAUCAAAUCUCUAUUUGAGGCCAAAGCUCCACCUUCCGAGGCUUCUUCAUGGUUAGAGAGAAUGAAAAAAGAUGGAGUGGUCCCUAGCUCGUUUACAUAUUCAAUUCUCAUCGAUGGUUUCUGCAAAACAAAUCGAGUUGAGAAGGCUUUGUUGCUUCUCGAGGAGAUGGAUGAAAAAGGCUUUCCACCUUGUCCUGCUGCCUACUGCAGCCUGAUCAAUAGCCUCGGUAAAGCAAAACGCUACGAGGCUGCAAAUGAACUGUUCCAAGAAUUGAAAGAGAACUGUGGAAGUUCGAGCGCUCGUGUGUAUGCUGUCAUGAUUAAACAUUUCGGAAAAUGUGGGAGAUUCAAUGAAGCUAUCGGUCUUUUCAACGAGAUGAAAAAACUUGGAUGCAUCCCCGAUGUUUAUACUUAUAAUGCUCUCAUGACCGGUAUGGUAAGGGCAGACAUGAUGGACGAAGCUUUUACAUUGUUUCGAACUAUGGAAGAAAAUGGUUGCACCACGGAUAUAAACUCGCAUAAUAUCAUCCUAAAUGGUUUGGCUAGGACAGGUGGCCCAAAACGUGCUAUGGAAAUGUUCGAAAAAAUGAAGACGUCUACUAUUAAGCCAGAUGCAGUUUCUUACAACACAGUUCUUGGCUGCCUUAGCCGUGCAGGUCUAUUUGAAGAGGCUGCAAAGCUUAUGAAAGAAAUGAGUUCAAAGGGAUUCGAGUAUGAUCUAAUAACCUACUCUUCAAUACUUGAGGCAGUUGGCAAGGUUGAUGAAGAUUGUAAUAUGGUAGGGUCAUGAGAACAACUUGGUAUUACCUUUGAGUAACUGUGGCAAUGCCCAAUAAAUCAAUGGAAAAUGCUUAUUAUUACGGUAUAAGCCUUUGCAAGAACUUAUGAAAAUAAACUAUGAUGGCUUAUUGUCACAAGUCUAUAUCUUUUUUUUUUUCAAUUUAUUUUUGUAAGUCCUCUAAAUAUUGUCAUAAGCUGUUUUUAACUUCUAUACAAUAAGCGUCAAUUGAAUAGCUACCUAAUUAAGUUGUAUAUCCAAACGGCCCUUAAAUUUGUUCUAUUGUUGAGUAGUUUGCAUGAUAUGUAUAUAAUACAAUUUUGAAUGUAAUAUAUUACAGCA